UCCUUCCUUCACCCGUCCUCUAUUUCUACUCCCCAGCCCGCACUAUCCUCCCUCAAUGCUCAUCCGAUUGCCAUCCUCUCUCUCUCCCGAUCAAUAAGAAAAAGAAGAAGAAGAGAAGUAAGUCUUACGAUGGCACCCAGGGUGAAGGCUUCCAGAACCGGUGACGGAUGUGGCGGCGGCGGCGGCUGCCGAGGAGGAGGAGAUGGGAAGGGGGCGAGCUACCGGGGGGUCAGGAAGCGGCCGUGGGGGCGGUACGCGGCGGAGAUCCGGGACCCAGCCAAGAAGUGCCGCGUGUGGCUCGGCACCUUUGACACCGCCGAGGAGGCCGCGCGCGCCUACGACGCCGCCGCCCGCCGGUUCCGCGGGCCCAAGGCCAAGACAAACUUUUCCUGCCCCCCGACGACCUCGGCAGCGGGCGCGAGCGCUGGCGCGGCGUCCUCCAGCCCCAGUGUCAGCACCGUCGAGUCGUCCACCCCGCCAAGGAGGCCCUCUGUCCGCAUCCCGGCGCUGGAUCUCGGGCUCCCCCAUCCCUCCGCCCGGAUCCCAUUCGCGCACUGCGUGCCCGCCGCGGCGUGUCCGUUGGUGUUCUUCGACCCGAUCGCGGCUUCCGAGAAGGCGGCAACAAUGAUCGCUCCUCCGACGAUCGUGGCAGAGUUCAGAGAUAUCAGGGGGCCGGUGUGUGACGGGGUGGAGAGCGACUCGGACUCGUCGUCGGUGGUUGAUUGCUAG